AUGAAGGUGAUUACGCCAGCAGCACUCAUGCUGCUCUUCGUUUACUGCACUGUGGAUACAGGGAAGCGUGAAUACACUUCUGUCAUCACUGUGCCCAAUGGAGGUCACUGGGGAAAGUGGGGCAUUCGGCAGUUUUGCCGCAGUGGCUACGCCAAUGGAUUUGCGCUGAAGGUUGAGCCCUCCCAGUUUGGCAAAGAUGACACAGCUCUGAAUGGCAUACGGCUGCGCUGCCUUGAUGGCUCAAUCAUUGAGUCCUUGGUGGGGAGGUGGGGUACCUGGACCAGCUUCCUAGUUUGCCCUACAGGGUACUUGAUCUCCUUUUCACUGAGAACAGAGAAGUCUCAAGGAGGAGGUGAUGACACAGCGGCCAACAACAUCCAGUUCAGAUGCUCAGAUGAAGCAGUGCUAGUGGGCGAUGGAUUAUCAUGGGGAAGAUUUGGCCCAUGGAGCAAAAGAUGUAAAAUAUGUGGUCUCCAGACAAAGGUAGAGCCACCACAGGGACUUCAGGAUGAUACAGCGCUCAACAAUGUGAAGUUCUUCUGCUGUAAAUGAACACUUGCCCCGUCUACAUCACUGGCUCAUACAUCCCGCAUUGCACAUCAAAUGAGACAUCAUCUAAGCUUUGCUCUAAUUUUAUACGGGGAAAUGUCUGUGACUUGCUGACUAAAUCCAACUUUUUGACCAUGGAUUGCCUCUGUAUCUGGAGGGAAGAGGUGAGAGAAAGAACCAUGAAAGAAGCAGCAGGAAGGAAAGACAAAGGAAAAAUCAUUCCAAACAGAUGAAAUGGAGGGGAGAGGCUCAUUUUAGUGGCUUAGCUUCUUGUGGGGGAAAUGGAAAUUUAGGUGGGCUCAAGAGCAGAGAAGUGCUUGUAUUUAAUUUCAUCAAGAGUUGUACGCCUUUUUUUCUCGUAGUCUUUUAGGUCAUAACUGAGAUCCUGCCUUAGGGAACAUGGUUACAAAGUGUACUUACACUUUGCAUUCGCGCAAAUCUCAGGUGCCAGACAUUGUUUCUGCCGCUCUUGUUUCUGCUUUGGAGUGUGCUCUGCUCAUUCGCGUAGCUAUUAAUGCUAAAC